AUGUUACUGCGUUCCGCAUUACAACGCGUGAAUUUCCAGCGGACCUUUACGCGAACGACCGUACGUGCCUUCGGCAACGGCCCGCGUGAAGUGCCGGCACUGACCAGCGACCGUUACCCAGUCCAGCGAGGAUCCUUCGCUGAACUAACCGAUGAUGAUGUGGCCGUAUUUCGUGGCAUUCUUGGUGGACCCGACACGAGCCGUGUACUGACAGCGGCGGAUGAAGUUCAGAACUACAACAUCGACUAUUUGCGCAGCGUGCGAGGGUUCGGCCGUGUGGUGCUAAAACCCAAAACUACCGCCGAAGUGGCCGACGUCAUGCGGUACUGCAACGAGCGCCGUUUGGCCGUGUGUCCGCAGGGUGGGAAUACGGGUCUGGUCGGUGGUUCGGUGCCCGUGUUUGAUGAGGUCGUCCUAUCGCUGCAGCUGAUGGAUACGAUCGAGCGUAUCGAUGAGUACGCGGGUAUUGUGGUGUGUCAGGCGGGCUGUGUGCUUGCCAACCUGGAGGAGCAGGUCGGUGCCCGUGGAUUGGUUAUGCCGCUCGAUCUCGGUGCUAAGGGAUCGUGCCACAUCGGGGGCAAUGUGUCCACGAAUGCGGGCGGUUUGCGGUUGGUGCGAUAUGGCAAUCUGCAUGGUUCGGUACUAGGCGUUGAAGCGGUAACGGCCGAAGGACGUGUGCUAGAUCUGAUGUCUAACUUCAAGAAGGACAAUACCGGGUACCAUCUGAAGCAUCUCUUCAUCGGGUCUGAGGGUACGCUCGGCAUCAUUACGCGGCUGUCCAUGUUCUGCCCCACCGCUUCCCGUUCCGUCAAUGUUGCAUUCCUGGGACUGAACAGCUACGACGACGUUAAGCGCACGUUCCUGGCUGCGAAACGUGGGCUCGGGGAGGUGCUGUCCUCGUGCGAAAUGAUCGAUGCUCCAUCGCUGGAUAGUUGCACACGAUUCCAUGGAUUGCAGUCACCGAUUGAGAAGUAUCCCUUCUACAUGCUAAUCGAAACGUCCGGAAGUGAUGCGGGACAUGAUGAGGAGAAGCUCACGCGCUUCCUGGAACAAACGAUGGAGCAGGGCUUGGUACAGGAUGGCACAGUUACGAACGAUUCCACCAAAAUGAAGAACAUCUGGAUGCUACGGGAACAGAUUGCGGACAGCCUGUUGAGCGAUGGGUAUUGCUUCAAGUACGACAUUUCGCUACCGUUGGAUCAGUUUUACGAUAUUGUACUGGCGGUGCGUGAGCGUGUCGGUGAUCUGGCGAUCAAUGUUACCGGUUACGGCCACAUAGGAGAUUCGAAUCUACAUCUCAACGUGUCCUGUGCCCGUUUUACGCCGGAAAUUUACGGCCUGCUAGAACCGUUCGUGUACGAGUACACGUCGAGGCUGCGGGGAAGUGUCAGUGCCGAGCAUGGGAUCGGGUUUCUCAAGCGUAAGUACCUGCACUACUCGAAACAGUCGGAACCGUUGCGACUGAUGCGCCAGAUGAAGCAACUGCUAGACCCGAACGGUAUCCUGAACCCGUACAAAGUGCUGCCACCGGAAUCACCAGACCAGUCGCGGUAG